CGGCUCCAUUCAUUCUCCCACUGCAGCCUCAUUCCUUCUCAGCAACAUGUCGGGGCCACGUGUCGGAGGGAUAAGUACUCCCAGGAAAGCAACCCCAGAUGACCAAAAAAUCGCCGAACAGGUACAGGCGGAGGUGAAAGCCAAGACUAAUCAGAAAAUAGAAACAUUUGAGGUUGUAGAGGUCGCUACUCAGGUCGUGGCUGGAACUAAUUACUUUAUGAAGGUAAAAGUGGGAUCCACUGACUACAUUCACAUUCGGGUAUACCAGGACCUAAGUGGGACCGUGUCGCUUUCCGAUGUGAAGGACUGCCAGACCAAGGACAGCCCACUGGUGUAUUUCUAAUUGUGAGACUCACAGGGAUUGGCCAACCUUGGCCGCCCAAAGUGCCUUGAAAUAAAAAUUCUCCGCUGUUUUA